GCCUUUUCUUUCCAGUGUUGGCUGACUUACAGCUCCCAUAAACUAGUGGCAAUUGCUGCACCCCAGCCUGCUCCCUUUCAGUUUCUGGUUUCUAGUCCAUGUGCCCAGGGCUGCCAGGAAGGAGACGCGUUCCUGAGCCCGGGACCUUUGCUCCAUCAGGGGAGGUCCUACUGCGGGUCUUGACUGUCGUGCAUAAAGGCGACCACCCACCAUGGACCUCAUCGGGUUUCUGAAGUCUCAGUUCCUGUGCCAUCUCGUCUUCUGCUACGUGUUCAUCGCCUCGGGGCUGAUCAUCAACACCGUGCAGCUCUUCACGCUCAUCCUGUGGCCGAUCAACCGGCAGCUGUUCCGGAGGCUCAACUGCCGGCUGUCCUACUGCGUGUCCAGCCAGCUCGUGAUGCUGCUGGAGUGGUGGUCGGGCACGGAGUGCGUCAUCUACACGGACCCCCAGGCCUACCCCAAGUUUGGGAAGGAGAAUGCCAUCGUGGUCCUAAACCACAAGUUUGAAAUUGACUUUCUCUGCGGCUGGAGCCUGGCUGAGCGCUUUGGGGUGUUGGGGGGCUCCAAGGUCCUGGCCAAGAAGGAGCUGGCCUACGUCCCGAUCAUCGGCUGGAUGUGGUACUUCACCGAGAUGGUGUUCUGCACGCGCAAGUGGGAGCAGGACCGCAAGACCGUGUCGCAGAGCCUGCUGCACCUCCGGGACUACCCCGAGAAGUACUUCUUCCUGAUUCACUGCGAGGGCACCCGCUUCACAGAGAAGAAACACCAGAUUAGCAUGCAGGUGGCCCAGGCCAAGGGGCUGCCCAGCCUCAAGUACCACCUGCUGCCGCGCACCAAGGGCUUCGCUGUCACUGUGAGGAGCCUGAGAGAUGUAGUUUCAGCUGUAUAUGACUGUACACUCAAUUUCAGAAACAAUGAGAACCCUACCCUGCUGGGAGUCCUGAACGGAAAGAAAUACCACGCGGACCUGUAUGUCAGGCGGAUCCCUCUAGAAGAAGUCCCAGAGGACGAGGACGAGUGUGCGGCCUGGCUGCACAGGCUCUACCAGGAGAAGGACGCCUUCCAGGAGGACUACCACAGGACGGGCACCUUCCCCGAGACCCCCAUGGUGCCCCCUCGGCGGCCCUGGACGCUCCUGAACUGGCUGUUCUGGGCCUCGCUGCUGCUCUACCCCUUCUUCCGCUUCCUGGUCAGCAUGGUCAGCAGCGGGUCCUCCCUGACACUGGCCAGCUUUGUCCUCGUCUUCUUCGUGGCUUCCAUGGGGGUUCGAUGGAUGAUCGGCGUGACAGAAAUUGACAAAGGCUCCGCCUACGGCAACAUCGACAACAAGCAGAAGCAGAACGACUGACUCAGGACACGUCCCACCCAGAGGGGACCUUGGGGCACUGGUGGACGCUGCCUGUCUUUCUGGGUGGGACCCAGGGACACUGGGUGAGCCCCUGCUGGGGCGGCAGGGAGUUGGGUCUCAAUGCCGCUGGGUGGGGCAGAAGAUGUGCUUAAAUGUCUUCUUCCCCGUACGCUGUAGUGGGUCUCGGUUCUUUCUUUUCAUGUGUGAGUGCAUGCGUGUGUGCGAGAGAGCGG